AUGAACGACAUUGCGCCUGUGGCAGACCGCCAUUCGGAGAAGUCCAUCUCGCAGUCCAAUGACAUGGAGAAGCAGACCGCGGAGACUGCGCAGCUCCAGCGGAAAUUGAAGAGCAGGCAUCUGCAAUUCGUCGCCAUUGGUGGUACCGUUGGAACGGGUGUUUUCAUCGCUUCUGGUCGAUCAAUCGCUACUGCUGGUCCCGUUGGCGCGCUCCUCGCAUAUGCCUUCGUUGGAACUCUGGUCUAUUCGGUCAUGAUGUCCCUGGCUGAGAUGGCUACCUAUCUUCCCAUCUCAGGUGCCUUCGCCCGCUAUGCAGCCCGAUUCGUCGACCCCAGCCUUGGCUUUGCUAUGGGAUGGAUCUACUUCUUCUCCUGGGCAAUCACCUAUGCGCUUGAACUUACCGCCGCCGGACUGGUUAUCCAAUGGUGGAACUCGACUCUAAGCAUUGGAAUCUUCAUCACCAUUUUCUGGGUACCCAUCACUCUUCUCAACUUCAUGCCUGUGAACUUCUUUGGAGAGGCAGAACUCUGGUUUGCCAGUAUCAAGGUCGUCACACUUGUUGGUUUCAUGAUCUUUGCCAUCUGCAUCAAUGCAGGCGUCGGUUCCCAAGGUUAUAUUGGGUUCAGGUACUGGGUUACUCCCGGAGCUUUUGCCCCUUAUCUUACCGAGGGACCAAAGGCCAAAUUCGUGGGCUUCUGGGCUGUGCUUGUUCAAGCUUCUUUUGCCUUCCAGGGCACGGAGCUUGUCGGUGUUGGAGCCGGCGAGAGCGCUAACCCCCGCAAGACCAUGCCUUCGGCUGUUCGAAAGACGUUCUGGAGCAUCUUUUCUCUUUUCAUGCUCACCAUCUUUUUCAUCGGCAUUCUCGUCCCAUACACCAACGAGGAUCUCACUCUUGGCAACACCAAUGCUGGAUCCUCGCCACUUGUCAUUGCUGCCAAACUCGCAGGUGUAAAGGUGCUGCCAGAUAUCAUCAACGCUGUCCUUUUGACAGUUGUGCUUUCUGCUGCCGCUUCCAACGUCUAUUCCGGUAGCCGAAUCUUGGUUGGUCUAUCGGAGGAACGCUGUGCGCCACAGAUCCUUCAGAAAGUUAGCAAGCGGGGUGUUCCCUACUAUGCAGUGGCAUUCACCUCUGCAUGGGGUCUCCUUGCCUACAUGAACCUUUCCGACAAUGGUGGCGAGGUCUUCAACUGGUUCCUCAACAUCACUGCUGUUGCUGGUUUGAUUGCUUGGACCUGCAUUUGCUUCUGCCACAUCCGUUUCAUGGCAGCCCUCAAGGCUCAGAACAUCGACCGCGAUACCUUGCCCUUCAAGUCCUGGGGUGGAAAGGUGCUCGCAUGGUACGGAUUUGGCUUCUGCUUGAUCGUCACUCUCACCCAGGGAUUCACAGCCUUUGUUCCCUGGAGCACCGAAGACUUCUUCAUUGCUUACAUUAGUUUGAUCCUGUUCGUCGUCAUGUAUGCUGGCCAUAAGCUCUGGACUCGAUGCAGCUUCGUCAAGAUGGCUGAGGCCGAUCUCGUGACUGGUCGCUUCGAAGAUGUUGAGACGGAGACCUGGGAGGAGAGCCCUCGCAGUCAGUGGAGGAAGGCUGUCGACUACGUUUUUUAA